AUGUACAACGGAAUUGGGCUGCGCACGGUGCGCGGGUCGGGCACGAAUGGCUACGUGCAACGUAACCUCAGUUACAUAAAUGCAUCACGCACGCGACAGACGCUGGUACAUAACAAGCGCAAUGGGUCCUUAGAGAGUUUUGGCAUGCAUGAAGGUGGCAAGAGCCGGCCUCCUCAUAGUGCAGAUAUUCUACGGCACGAGCAGAAGCGUCGAGUAGAGCUUGAGCUGCUAGAGCUUUCUUUGAAUAUGGAGGAACGUGGUUGUGACCCUAAAGUUAUUCAGGAUAAAGUGAAGCGAGAACGAGAGCGGCUUUUGACGCGGCUACAUGGCGAGGGAAUUCGAGACGAAGAGAAGGCAAAGGACGCGGAAAGCUCACACGCUCGUCAGAAGCGCAAAGAUAAGGAAAUUGAAAGGAUCAAGGACGCGUUUAGCAUCGCUUCGGACUAUAUGGAGGGUGAGAGCUUUGAUCCAGAGAUGCAGGAGCGACGUCGUCUAGAGAGGAAGGAGAAAAGAAAGCAGGAGGGGAAGGAAAAGGAGGAAGAAUUACAGCUAAGUCAAAAGAAGAGAGAAGCAGAAACGAUGGCGAGGCGCGAGCCGUUGAUGUCCAGGUCAAGGUCGAGACCUUUGCAAGAUUGUCGCAGUCGAGACUGUGAUGACGCAAAGUCGCGAAAGUCUCAAUCGCACUCUACUGUGAAGAAACGACGCUUACGUCGAUCGUCGGCGCUUUCUGAUUGGAAGCGCCGCUCUGUGUCGUCUUCGUGCGACAGCAGCUCUGGUCGUUCCCGCUCUCGCUUGCAUAGCCAGAAGUUGCGGAAAGAAAAGUGUCGCGAGAAGGACUUUGCGUCGACGAGAAAGGCCGAGCGUAUUGUACGGUCCCGUUCCGCUAGCAGUUUGGACUCGAGCUCUGAUGUAGGCUGCAGUAACGAGCUGUCUCGUGGGAACAAGACCACCGCUACGAAAGGCAAGAAGCUGUCCGCAAGUGGAUCACCGGUGCGAUCUGCUGUCCUAAAGGGCAAACACAAGGUUCCGAACUUACCAACACAAUCUUUGUCUGUCGGUGCGAUGACCAGCGAUGAAAUACGUGACAAAUCGGACAUGAAGGAGGAGAAAAGGAGUAUUUUGCCACCAAAGAGGGAGAAAAGUACUAAAGAAGCCAGCCCUGCCUUUACAAAACGAGAGGUGAAGCACAAGGCAUCCAUUGAGCAAGAGGUGGACGAAGCGCAGAUGAGGAUUUUUGCCGCCUUGCCGGGUCGAUUGAAAAAGGAAGAGAAGACCAAGCUUUUGCAUUGCUCUCGCCGCUCCCAUUCGGUUAUUGUGGACUCGAAGCUGCAGUCUCGCAAGCUGCGUAAUGUGUCACCUAACGACCGACGUUGUCGCAAGAGAAGCACGAGCAGUGCCUUUUCUAAAGCUUCUCGCAGCUCGCGUGAUCGACGUAUGCGCUCGCACUCAGUUUCCUCGGAUAGAUCUCGGUCUUACUCGUCGGAUGUAUCGCGCUAUCGCUCGCGCUCCUAUUCGAAGUCUCGUUUUCGUCAACGCAGUAUGCCUUGGAGACGCCGUCGCAGCCCGAGCCGUAGUCGUGGUCGUGGCCGGGGUCGCGACCGCGACCGCAGCAAUCUUCGCAACCGUCGCCACUAG